AUGAUUCUUUUGUCUACUCCAUAUUUAGUGGAUUAUAUCACUUUCCUUGUUAACAAGUGUCUGCUGACCGGGGUUUUUUCGGACUUAUGGAAGCAAGCUGAAGUUAUACCCGUUCCCAAGAAAGAGUGUCCAAGUGGCAUUAACGAUUUUAGACCAAUCAAUGCAAUCAUGUUUCACAUUCAACAAGUCGACUCUACAAGUUGCUACUGCGUAGAUCACAUAGCGGAAUGCGUUCAAACCAAUCCCUUCCUAGCGCAAAGACUAUUUAACCCCUACUAUCCCCAGCUGUGGUUUCCUCUACCCUUAAAAAUCAGUCAACCGCGGCCCGAGAAACCGCCUUAUUCCUACAUAGCUCUAAUAGCGAUGGCUAUUUCGUCGUCUCCGAAGCAGCGGCUCACUCUAUCCGGAAUCUAUAGAUUUAUUAUGGACAAUUUUCCAUACUACCGGGAAAACAAACAGGGAUGGCAGAAUUCCAUCAGACAUAACUUGAGCCUGAAUGAUUGUUUCGUGAAAGUGCCUCGUGAUAAAAUCGGUGGCACGGGUGAAGCCGGCGGCAAGGGUAGUUAUUGGAUGUUGGAUCCCAAGGCGACCAAUAUGUUUGAGAAAGGAAACUAUCGAAGACGGAAAACGAGGAGGCAGCGCGUGGUAGAUUGCGAAAGUCGAUUGUAUCAGGAGGAAGCUUUGUCUUUAGUCACGAGGGCCGUUACUCCAGAAGUAACUGACUCAACGGAGCACCAACUCACGUUAGCGGAUCAAAGCAAAAGGCGCAAAAAUUCUACACUGUUCACCAUCGAAAAUUUAAUAAAGAGUGAUGAUACAUUAGACAACAGUUGCUCCACUAGUGCUUAGAUCUCGUCUCCUGAUUGCAAAAAAGAACAUUUUUCGUUUUCAAGCAGGGUUUUAUUUAAACGCUUUUCGCGACUGGAACGCACGACAUAAUAAUACAUACAAUGUGGUGAAUUCAAAUGUCUUUUAUAUGCCUAGAUACUUGGCGUAUCUAUAUUCAUUUCAUUUUUGGACUUCAAAGGGACGCCUUAAUUUUACCUAGCUAGAAAUACUUUUAUGUGCAAUUUCUUGACAGGAAUUUUAUCUAUUUAUUUGGAUACAUGAUGAACCUUUCAAAAACGGGUUCUCUUUUUACGAUCUGUGUAUUCGGUGGGGUUGACACAAACAUCAAAAACUACGAAUUUUGAUGAAAUUCGACACCUAUUCACGAAAUAUUUAUAUUAUAUCUCUAAGAACAUACGAAAUGUUUGUUACAAUUUGCUAAAUGUGUUAAGUAACACACGACAAAAAAUCCGUUCCACUCAUUGAUGUGUUAAAUGAAUAGAAUUAAUAUUAUUCCAAUAUUCUUGGAUACAUGCUGCUAUCAUUUUGCAAAAGUUACCAUUUGAGAAUGAAAGGUUGGUAAAAAUAGUACUGUUAAUGUUGUUAAUUUUAUCAUAUCUAUCUAAAGUUGGUUUUACCGUGAAAUGAAUUCACAAAUUUGAUACGUAUGGAUUUUGCGUGGGUGAGUAAACUCCAAUAUUUUUAAUUUCUUUAAUUUUAUUUAUUCUGUGAUUGAAAACAUAACUAACAUCUCUAUUUUAGUCAGUAAUUGGUGUCCCUGAGACGACUACAUGACUAACAAUCAUGUACGGGGUGUUUCAA